AUGCCAGAGCCACGAGUAACUGUGACUCAGUUGAUCAAACAACAGGAAAAGAACAAACUUCUGGAACAAGAGAUUGAAAUCAAACGAGCAAAAGUCGCUGCUUUUCAAGGGUUACCACCUAACCUCGAACUUGCACGACACGAAUUGCGAAAUGCUCGCAACGAACAGAUGGAAUUGAUCCAACUCAGGGAGCGUCUGUUAGGCAGGAUGGCCGCGGGUGUCGCAUGA